CAAGAAUCACGUACAACAUGUCAUCCCAACCUAACCCUACUUCCACAUUCCCCACCAUCAUUUGGCAUCCUUCGUUCAACCCCUCUCAAGGGUUCAACAGUGCUAGCAUUGAUUCUAAUCAAGCUCUCAGACCAUGGUUGCCUUCGCCUCAAGUCUCAAAUACCAACUCUGAUAAGUUGUCGAGCCUUUCCCUCGACGAUCAGUCCCAUCCCCAAUCACACCCCCAAUCCCAAUCCCAAUCCCGACCCAGCCAAUCCACACCCCAACCUCCAUCCACAUCUACCAGCAAAACCCGCCAGCCCCAGGCAUAUGUUGCAUACCCCGAACUUACCUGCCUCCACUGUCUCGGCGCUAACCCCCCUGGCAAGCUCGGGUAUGUGGUCAGCUACGUCCCAGCCGAUGCGUCCGGCAAGCCACUCACAAAUGACGAAGGCUGGCACAAGGUGGAGAGAAGAGAUACACAAGAAGAAGAGCUUCCGGAAGGGACUCGAUCACCCAGUGCAUUCCAGGCGGCUGAGAUUUUGGGGGACAAGAAGUAUGUGCCUGAUGGGGCAGAGGAUGAUUUGGUUGGUGAUAUGGUAGAAUAAACAUGGGAAUGGAGGACGGCGUAUCCGCAUAAUGUACUUAGCCGAAAGGUUUGUGCCUGUACAGUAACGCAUGGACUUGAUUGCAUUGA